AUGAACUUGCUAAUUGACAGAAUGGAGAAUCCUGGAUCAAGAAACUGUACUUUGUUACCCCCUUCGUUCUCAAGCGGGUUUUGUAAGGGAAGAAGGGCGUCCAGUGGUGAUUCAGUGAAAGUAAAAGAACCUAUUUUGCAGCGGCAGCAGCAGCCCGCCCAAACUAAUACAACUAUAGCACACUUUUCUAAAUCGUCAUCUAGACUACCUGUUAUAGCGGUGAAUGAUAAUCCUGUGAUACCAAGGCCGAGUACUGAGGUCAACCUUGGAUCGCUGUUGCAAAAGGAAAGGGAGAAGGAGAAACAGAAACAGAAACAGCCGGCGUUACAUGACAAGAAACACUUGCAUGUGACGAAAAGUCGGAUGCAUGGGAUACGGCAGCGUUCGUUAGAGAUGUCUAGUCUACCUGUCUUGGGGUCCACCAAAACAGGGAAGUUUAGUGACUUUUUGUUCGAAGAUGACAUUGAUAACAGAGUGAGUCGUCACAAUCGGUCAUAUAGUGGGGCUUCCAGCUUAGAUGAGCCAUUUAGAGUGUCACCCAAAACCGAUUUCAACUCCAAUAGGGCUAGAAUGACUUGCCUUAGUAAAGGACGUCGUGGGUCGAUGUCUGUUUUCCAAAGCUGUCAUACAGGCUUAGCUUUCAACCAAAUACAGGGCUCCUCCUCUUCGCAGCGCAGAUCAUCUGCAGGUUCUUUUGAUUACGAAAGAAAACGACUGGUGAACCAAUUUUUACAGCCUUCGUUGGGCAAUCCAGACUCCUUUGAUACGUUGAGAGAGUCGGUAGUGUUUGAGCCCUCAUCUACCGCUGGCGGCAUUAAAUUAGGGAACAUGCAUUCUCAAUCACAAAUAUCUGUUAACUCUUCACCCAGUACAUCUUUGUUUUACCAUGACUUGGACGGAUCAGGCGCUAAUGACUCUUCAUCAUUUUUGUAUUCUCGUUCUAAUUUACCAACUUUUUGUUCAUCAUCUGCUUUCUCAUCCACAUCAUCUGCAUCAUCAGAUUCAGAGGAUGUAGACCGAAGAAACUUAAACGGUGUAUAUCCUUCUUUAGGCGUUUUGGCUAAUAAUAGCAAAGUAAGGAGCUCUUCAAGCUCUUCAGCCGUCCCGGGCCCUGAUAUGUUGGCAUUUAAGUCUUUACCAAGUAGACAACAGUCUGUAGACUGUUCCACGAAGACCAAGACCGUAUUGAAUAUAAACAAUAAAAACAGUUCUGCCAUUACUACUGAUUCCAGUUCAAAUUCCGUUUCCAAGAGUAAUUCGAAUUUGAAUAAUAACAUUGAUGAAUUAAAUUAUUAUCAAAAUCAUAUUUCAACACUUCUUUUGAAAAUCGAAAGCGAAAUGAGAAAAAAUUUAAGUGAUACAAUAAUCAAAAAUGAAAACAACGUUCAAAAGACGAUACAAAAAUAUGAUUUUUUAUCAGGAGAGUUAACUCUUUUAUUAGACGAAAUGACUGCCUUGCGAACGACAGUUGUUGACCAAUUUUUGGUCAAGUUAAGAUCAGACUUUGACGAAAAGGACGAUAGGGCAUUCAUUAACGAAUUAAAAAUCUCAGUGGAAGAAAGCGUAGGGCAAUUACAAGGAUUAGAAAGGAGAAUGGAAAUUUGCCAGGAAAAAUUAACUAAACAAAAGUCCUCCCUAAGAGAAAUGGAUAGUUUGAUAGAGCUAAAGAACAUGUUGAACAAAUCGAAGAAUAAUACGAAAUCCAUAUACUUGUAUAGAUACUUCAUCAUUGACAUUAUUGCAUUGGUUUUAAUGUGCGGUUUCAUCGUUUAUGUCAAAAAUUUGGUAACUCGAUAUUUUACUCUUUAG